UCGUAUGGUCUGCCUUCCUACAGGUCGUUGACGGUUCCUGAGCUCACCCAGCAGAUGUUCGACUCCAAGAACAUGAUGGCUGCCUGCGACCCGCGCCACGGCCGCUACCUCACAGUUGCCGCCAUCUUCAGAGGCCGCAUGUCCAUGAAGGAAGUGGACGAGCAGAUGUUGAACGUGCAGAACAAGAACAGCAGCUAUUUUGUUGAAUGGAUCCCAAACAACGUGAAGACUGCCGUCUGCGACAUUCCUCCCCGUGGCCUCAAGAUGGCUGCCACCUUCAUCGGCAACAGCACGGCCAUCCAGGAGCUGUUCAAGCGCAUCUCAGAGCAGUUCACCGCCAUGUUCCGCCGCAAGGCCUUCCUCCACUGGUACACUGGCGAGGGCAUGGAUGAGAUGGAGUUCACAGAGGCUGAGAGCAACAUGAACGACCUGGUGUCUGAGUACCAGCAGUACCAGGACGCCACCGCUGAGGAGGAGGGCGAGUUUGAGGAUGAAGGCGAAGAGGAGCUGGCCUAGAAGCUAAGCCCAAACGCAUCAAUGUAGAAUUAUUGACAAUUGGAUUUUAAUCAAUAAAACUACAGUUUCAAGGAAUCGCACAGUAGUUCCUCUGAAUGUCGCACGAUUAUAACAGUUCUUGUCCAGCCUUGUUUUUUUAAAUGUCUUUGUUUUGUUCUCAACCGUCUGUUCUUCCUUCCUGCUUUGGAUAUCAAUGUUUUUAUCUUGUCUUGUAUUUUCUGUUCACUCUUUUCAAGAUGCAAGGUAACAAGAUUUGUUAUGAAGGAGAACGUAACAGUGCCCAGUUCAAGGCACUCAUCAGACUCACAUUCAGAUGUGACAAAUCCUGUUUGAUAUGGAGCUUAAUUGUUUUGAAGGAACUGGUCAUUGUUACAAUAUUCCUAGUGUGCAUGUACUGCGAUGUUAUUACAACAAAUGCAAAGAUUAAUUUCAAUAAAAGAUCCAUCUGGUACUA